AAAAACCCUAGUCCCUCACCAUAACCGCGUCCCUCUGCGCCUCUCGCCUCUAGGUUUUCUGCAGCUGCUCUCUCCGGGAGAAUUCCACCAUGGUUGCCGCCAAGAAGACGAAGAAGACCCAUGAGAGCAUCAACAACAGGCUCGCUCUUGUCAUGAAGAGUGGGAAGUAUACUCUGGGUUACAAAACGGUCCUCAAAUCCCUUAGGAGCUCUAAAGGAAAACUGAUUAUCAUUGCCAACAAUUGUCCACCUCUGAGAAAGUCAGAAAUAGAGUACUAUGCCAUGUUGGCUAAAGUUGGAGUUCACCAUUACAAUGGAAACAACGUUGAUUUGGGCACCGCAUGCGGCAAAUAUUUCAGAGUGUGCUGCCUCAGCAUUAUCGAUCCUGGUACCUUGAGCUGUUUAGAUCUAACAUCAAUAUGGUGAAGG